CCCCCCCACCUUGCCUCUCGCACCCUCCCCCUCGCCGUCCGCCCCCCUCCCCUCCGAGCGGCGGCCGCCCACUUUCCACUCCGUCAGGAGGUCAACUGCGUCCGCUUCCGCCUCCGCCUCUGCCUUCCUUUUUCAGCCAUGCGCAUCACCGUGGACAAGAUCAGCGCCAAGGUGGGCCGGGUCAUCGAUCCCCGUACCGAGCGUACCCUGAACCUCGCUGGAAAGCAAAUCACCGAGGUUGGCUCGCUUAAAGCGUUGACCAGCCUCGUGCGGCUUGAUCUGUCUUCCAACCAGAUCACCAACUUCAAGGCCCUGCGUGGCUUGCUGGAGCUGAGCAAGUCCCUGCGCUUCCUCAGCCUCGAGGGCUGCCCCGUCACCCAAGUGUCCGGCUACCGGUACUACCUGAUUGCCCACUUGCCAAACUUGGCCAGCCUAGAUGACAAGGAAAUUACCCCGAUGGAGCGGUCCAACGCCGUGGCAGCAUACUCCGGAAACAAGCGCACGGCUCCCUCUCUGGCUCCCAGUGUCAGCACCUCGUUUGAUGACGAUUGCGAUAUUUUCUCCACGCGGUCAUCGGCCGCCGCGUCGCCCACUGACAUCGGGGCGGCCCUGCGGGCGCCGGCCGACGGGGUGGCCUCGCCCACUGGCGCUGCCGCCGGUCGCCCGGCCGAGCAGCAAGUGACCCCGGCCGCGGCUGCUGCUGUCUCGGCCGCGGCCCAGGUGUCUGCCAAUGAGGCGGCCGCUGCGCUGGCUCGACCAGCUGUCACCCCGGCCGCGGCGGCCACCCCGGCCCCGGGCACCGCUGGUGUCCGCAUUCGUCGAACCACCAUCAACAGCAUGUUCCGGGGCGACUCGGAUGAGGACGACUUCAUCUUCAAUUCGCAGCCGGCUCCCGUGUCGACCCGGCGCUCCGCCUCGCGGACGGUCAUCCCCGCAGAGGCGCCCACUCCCGGGCCGCCCGCCCAGGAGGAACGCCCUGCUGCCCGGCCACCGGCUCGCCCUCGGCCCGUCGCCCCGCGGCCAUACUCCUCAACGGCCCCAAGCACCAGCCCAGGGACCCCAGUCACCUCUCAUAUGCUCCCUACAACGGCCGUUUCUGCCUCCGCCGAUGAGAUCCCCUCGGCCACUAUCCGCCUUCCGCUGUCGGCCGGACGAAUCAUCAUCGAGCCUGCAUCGAGCCCGGGCAGUGGCGCAACAGCUGCCUCUCCGCCGGCCUCCCCUCCGACCAUUCCCCCGCGCCGAACCGUCCCCGCUACCCUGGCCCCGACUCCGACGCCUUAUGUGCCCACCUCGGCCCCGGCCCCGGCUCCGGCUCCGGCUCCAGCUCCGGUGCAGACUCCGACGGUGGCCACGGCUCCAGCUGCGGCCCCGAUGCAUGCUGCCACCUCCGCCCCGGCACCAAGCGCGGGUCUCGAAUCCAAGCCCUCGGUCAAUCCGAUCUUCAACUUGCCCGACACUCUGGACGACUCGCCGCCGGUACCCGUCCAAAGCAACCCCUGGGAGACGGCCACCGUGUGUCCGGAUUUGCUGGCUCUCGACCGCCAGCAGGCCGCCCAUGCCGAGGCGAAGGCCCAGUCUCUGCACAUCGACGACCCGUGGUCCAAGCCAGCUCCCGAGCUUGAGCCACUGCCCGCUUCUCUUGUGCCGCCUCCCGAGCCGGAGCCGCUCCCAUUGCCGGAAUCUGUCCUGGUCCCCGAAGCUGUGCCGGCCGAUUCUCUCCCUCUUCCGGUGGAUAUUUCCCCCUGGGCCCUGCCCACCCCGGCCCCGGCGCCUGAGCCGGAGCCCUCCUCCAGCCAGGACAUCUUCAACCCGUGGCUGGCACCGACGGCCGUUGCUGCUGCUGCUCCUGUUGCUGCUGCUGCUGCUGCUACUGGCCCAAUUGUCGGGGAGAACCCUGUUCACGACCUGCCGGCCAGCUAUGAUGCCCCGGCUGCCUUCGAUGUUCCGAUUAGCUAUGCUCCCCCUGUCGGCCUCGAUGCGCCGAUGGUCUUUGAUGCGCUUCCCUCCUCGGGCGAUCUUUUUGGAUCAAGCAUGCCCACCUAUGAUCCUCUUGGCUUUGGCGGGACGCAUUCGACCGUUCCGGCCCCGGCUACUCCCGGGUCAGACGCUGCUCUUUUGGAUCCCUGGUCAACUGGCACCAGCGCUCCUGCCUUUGUGGAUCCCGGCGCAUCGGCAUGGGCCUCGGCAUCUGACAAUAGUCUCUUUGGCGGGACCAUCGCCUCCGACGACAUUCCAAGCGGCUCUUCCUCCUCCCUCAGCACCGCACUGGAUAACCUCUCCUUGGCCACACACUCCCCGUGGUAG